AGCUGAUCCGUCACGUGGUCUGGUGUCGUGGGUCACCCUCUUGCAAAAUGGAGUUGUCUGAGUCUGUGCAGAGAGGGCUGCAGUCUCUCGCCGACCCGUCCGCCUUCGACCACAGCAGCUUCCAGGUGCUGCUGGACGUGUCCUACCGGAGCCUGCUCUCCUCUCACGGCGACCCGGGAGUCCUCGAUCAGCCCGAGCUGAAGCACAUCGACCAGAUCCUGCUGAAACAGAAUCACGCUGCAGCCACCACCUUCGUGUUGGAGGCUGUCAAACAAAACGCAGACAAGUCGACUAUAAGCUCGUGCCUUGAAGAACUCACAUUCAGCGCAGAGAGAAUAGAAAUAUUCUGUAGCACACACCAGAAACAUAAAAAAGAACUGGAGCAUCUGUUAGCAAGCAUAGGAAGGUGUCCACCACAGAUCACUGACGCGUCAUGGCGCCUACAAUACCACGUGAAGAACGGGCAGGUCGAUAAGGUCAACGAGCCUUUCUACUUGAUUUCACUGAACACUGAGAACGAAGGAUCCCCGGAGGAUAUCAACUUUACAUGCACAGUGGAGCAGCUACAGGAUUUGGUGGGGAAGCUCAAAGACGCUGCCAAGAGUGUGGAGAAAGCCAGUCAGAUGUGAUGCCGGUGUCCAGUUUCCUCACCACAAAGCACUGAACUUCAUCAGUUUUCCAGCGGCAUUGCUCACCUCUUUAUAGCCUUCUUUUGUACCUGCAGAUCGACAUGACGUGUGUGCAUGUGAGAGAAAGACCAUUCCAAGUUGUGUGUUUUAAUUAAAAGUGAGAAAAAAAUCAAA